UGGGCUUGCAGUUGCAUGCAGGCAGGAGGAGUCCCAGUGGCAGUGGUACGGCGCUGCCUUUCCCCAUUGCUGGGCCCGCGUGGGGCAGGGUGUCCGUGAGUAUGGCCCCUGGCUUCCCUCUGCUCCUCAUGCUCCUCGCGCUGGCCGCAGCCCUGCCUGGGGCCCCCGCUCAGGAGGUGUGGCAGUCCCCCCCGUACACCAUCGCCCCGGAGGGCGGCUACACUGACAUCACCUGCCAUGCCAGUGGGACCCUGCACGGGGUCUACCUGAAGCAGAGGUGGCCGAGCCCCGCCAACGUGGCCUACUACGAGGACGGGAAGGAGCCCACCGUGAGCAAGCGGUUCUGGGGCCGCAUUGCCUUCUCGGGGCUGCAGCACAACCUGACCAUCACCAUGAGCCGCCUGCAGCCGGCCGACACUGGGGCCUACGCCUGCCAGGCCAUCCUGAAGAGCGAGGUCUGGGGCCCUGGCACCGUGGUCGUGGUGACAGCGAACACGUGCCAGGAGGGCCGGCUGGUACACCUCUCCCUGCCCGCCGCCCUGGCUGUGGGCUGCUUCCUCACUGGGCUGUGGCUGGGGGCUGUGUGUGCGCUGAGGAGGACACAGAUCAAGAGGUUCUGCUGGGUGAGGGAUGAGCCCCCGGCGUGUGUGGUGUACGAGGACAUGUCCUGCAGCCGCCACAACAUGAUGUCUGUGUCCACCCCCAACCACUACCAGUGAGCCCUCCAGGCCUCCCUCUGCCCAGGAAGGGCUCAGAGGGGACUGGCCAGCCCAGUACGGACACACAGGCAGCCCCCCACAGCAGGCAGGCUCCUCGCACCGCCUCCAGGAAGCCGCCCUUGCCCACCUCCUGCCCUGAGGCUGCCCUGCCAGCUGCCGCCUGCCCCUCCCAUGGCAGGAGGGGCUUCUCUGUAGGACAGAUGUGGGUCUGGGACAGUGGGCAGCCUGACAAAGGGGCUGGGAGAGGCUCAGCUCCCAGCCCAGGCUUGGAAUAGAAAUAAAGUGCUUCUCCUCUGCCCCUCCCGCCUCCAGCAUUUCCUCUCAAGCACCCUGGGCUGGAGGUGGGGAUGAGAGACCCACCGCGAGCUACUCGUAGGACUUUGCGCUUGUGGAGUGUGUGUGCAGCCCCCCAGGAAGGAGAGGGACAGGAGGACGCUGCCCUGCUCCAGUCCUGGACGGGCUGCAGACGGGGCAGAUCCUGCAGGGCCCUCACCCACCCUCACAUGCAGCCAUCACAGUAUCAGGUGGGGAAAGGUACUUGGGUGUCUCAACCCAGGGCUCCUCCUCGUGCACCCGUGUUGGGGAGCCCUGCCUGCCCUCCAGGCGGGACCGGCGCCUCUGUGUGAGCGUGACUUGUAGCCGUUUCCUCCUGGGCUCUGGGCCAAGCGACAGCAGCCGUGCUGCCCACCCCGACCCCAUCUGCUGCCAUCAGAUCUUCCAUCAAAUUUGCAGACACGGCUAAUACAGUAGACUGCAUGGAAAAUCUUAAAACCUUUGUCUAAAAACACUACAAACAAGAAUAAAUGGCAGUCUACAAAUUCAGGGCAGAUGUUUGAGAAUGAAAUCACAGAAUUAGGGUUAAUAUACCUUAUAAUUUAUAAAGAGCCUUAUCAGUCAAUAGGAAGAAGAUGAAUACUCAAAAGUGUACAAAUAGCGAAAACAAGCAAUAACACAGGGCACCAUUCAGAUUGCUAAUUACCAAACAUCCACUGAAAUUACGUAGCCCUUCCCCCACUGGGUUUGCAAAGAUCAAAAUGUCAAGGCAGGAUGUCCCUUUGACCUGGAAAUCCCACGUCCGGAGUUCCCGCUCUGGGAGGUGAUCUCUGGGUGCAGAAAUGAAAUCUCAGUGCUAUUCAUGGUAGUGUCAUGUUCAACACAGCUGACGACUGAGGCAUGGCCUGGGCACCCAGGAAGGAGCGGUGCACGACAAUUACAGUGCAGACAGCAGGUGUUAAGAUGGUGCCAUGGGGAAUCUAUAAUGUCAUACUCGGCCCUUGACAAGACACCACGAGUGAUGCCGACUGGUGCACUGUGCCCUGUGUGUGUGACCCCAUGUUACCAAGUACAAGGGCGCAUGUGGCUGUCAACUGUGUUCUUCUGUCUGC